AUGAGGAAUCAUGGUGUUCACCAUCGGUUGUCUACUCCUUACCACCCCCAGGCAAAUGGUCAGGCGGAAAUCUCGAACAGAGAAAUCAAGGCUAUUCUGGAGAAAACAGUGAAUCCAUCAAGGAAGGAUUGGAGUAAACGGCUAGACGAUGCUUUAUCGGCCUAUCGAACUGCGUUCAAAACUCCAAUUGGAAUGUCGCCCUACAGGCUUAUUUUAGGCAAAGUGUGCCACCUCCCCGUCGGAGUUGAACAUAAAGCCUAUUGGGCAGUCAAGGAGAUGAAUAUGAAGCCCCAGGCCUGCGAGAAGGAGAGGAAACUGCAACUCCAAGAGCUAAAGGAACUUAGGCUUGAGUCGUAUGAUGCCGCAAUGUGGUACAAGGAGAAAACCAAAUUAUGA